AUGAACAAGGCCAACAAGCCCCAGGCCAGAAACGUUGCCAGAUAUGUAGGUGAAGACGGGGACACAGGGUCCUGGGUGGAUGGGAAGAAGACGUACGUUGGCCGUGUGAAGGAGUACUGGCCAGGCAAGGGCUACGGCUUCAUCGCUUGCCAAGAGACGCAAGGAAUUUUUCAGGGCGACGUGUUCCUCCACAAGAAGCAAGUUGAGGAGGCCAAUCUGGAGAAAGGCAACCUUGUGACGUUCUCCGUGGAGAUCAACAGCAAGAGCCGGCCACAAGCCAGAAAUGUCGAGCGCGUGAAGGCGCCCUCCUAUGCCAGUGAAUCUGGUCGGCAGGCCGCCCCGCAGUCAGAGGCAGAUAUUCAGAUGGAAGACGCCUGA